AUGAAGUCAAUCACGACGGCAUUUGUGUUAACGCUAGCUCUGCUGGCACUUGGUGGCCAAGGCAAGCAUGUGGAUUCUAAGGUGGCCGACAAGGACUUCCUGGUGAAGCAGAAGUUCGUGUUUGAGAUGCUGCAACAUAUCUACCAGGACGAUGUCUUUGUUACCAAAUAUGAUACCAGUUUCUGGGAGUACAAGCCCUGGGAGCAUGUCGCCGACUAUCACCAUGAGGACAACCUGCAGCACUUCUUCGAGCUUUGGCAGCACCAUCCAUUCCAUGACGACCAUGUAUGGACUGUGAUGUACGAUCGCCACGAGGAGUACGCCGUAGGCUUGACUCGCCUCUUCAAUUACGCCAAGAACUGGGAGACCUUCGAGCACGUAGUCUUCUGGGCUCGCCAGCAUGUGAACAAGCAGCUCUUUGUCUACGCGUUCACCAUUGCCGGACUGUUCCGCGACGAUAUGCAAGGAAUUGUGUACCCCGCCCAGUAUGAGAUUCACCCAUGGAGCUUCUUCGAUGGCCAGACUCUGGAGAUGGCUGAGCAUUACAAGAUGCAUGGCUUCCACCAUGUCAAGCAGCUGAACAACGUGUACAAUGUGGUCAUGAAAUCCAACUACACCAACUUCUACGGAGACAUGAACUAUGAGCACGGUCUCGCCUAUUUCCUGGAGGAUAUUGGCUUCAACAGCUUCUACUACUACUUCAACUUGGACUAUCCCUACUGGACCAAGGGCGACGAGCAGCAUGUGCUGAACAAUGAUCGUCGUGGUGAACUGUACCUCUAUGUGCACUGGCAGCUCCUUGCCCGCUACUACCUGGAGCGUCUCUCCAACGAUAUGGGUGAAGUGCCCAGCUUCAACAUGUACGAACCUGUUGCCGCCGGCUUCUAUAGCGGACUCCGUGGCUACAACGGUGUUCCCUAUCCCAGUCGCGACAACUACCACAACUUCUACAAAUCUGAGAAUGUGGAGUACGUGAAGAACGUGGAGCUCUACACCCAACGCAUUAUGGACUGGAUCCAUAAGAACGGCAAGUACGACGUCGAAGUGAUCAAUCAGCUGGGUAACAUGAUCCAAGGUAAUGCGGACAGCAUUGACAAGCAGUUCUAUGGCAGCUUGGACAAGUGGUAUCGCUAUAUUGUGAACGAUGCUCGUCCAUUCGGCAAGUACCACGAGACCUAUCCCGGCCACUUCAUGCACUACGAUACCAAUAUACGUGAUCCCCUGUUCUUCGAGGUCUACAAGAACCUGCUCUCCCACUACUGGCAUCUCAUGGAAACCUUCCCCGAAUACACCAAGGUCGACUAUGGCUUCGAGGGUGUCAAGAUCGAUGCCGUCCACAUGCCCGACAGUCUGAGCACCUACUUUGAGUACUUCGACGCCGACAUCAGCAAUGCCGUCAACGUGGAACCUACUGUUGAGCAUCCCAGCGAUGUGUUGCACGGUUUUGGACGCAACUCCUUCUACAAUGGCAGCAGCUAUGUGAUCAAGGCUCGUCAACAUCGUCUCAACCACAAACCCUUCGAGUUCGUCCUGGACAUUACCUCCGACAAGGCGCAGCCCGCUGUCGUCAAGGUAUUCAUUGGACCUAAGUACGACGAGUAUGGACAUGUGAUUCCAUUGGAGCACAACUACCAGAACUUCUUUGAGCUUGAGCACUUCAAGGUGCAACUUGAGUCUGGUGUCAACCAUAUCAAGCGCAACAGCGGUGAUUUUAGCUUCUGGGUUAGCGAUCGCACCACUUACUUUGAGCUCUAUCAGAAGCUGAUGGAUGCCACCAACAGUGACUUCAAAUUCAAGUUGGAUCAGUCCGAGACCCACUGCGGUGUUCCCAACCGCAUGAUGUUGCCCAAGGGCAAGAAGGGCGGUCAGGUGUAUCAGUUCUUCUACAUGGUGUACCCAUACCAUGAGCCCCAUGUCCAGCAGUACACUGGCUACGAUCCCAUUGUCAGCUGUGGAGUUGGUCACGGCUCCCGCUAUGUGGAUGCUUUGCCCUUCGGCUUCCCCUUCAACCGACCAGUGCAUCACGAUUACUACUUCGAUGUGGAGAACUUCAAGUUCUUCGAUGUGAAGAUCUUCCAUCGCGACGAACACACCAAUGUUGCCUAAGACUAAGUUGUGCAUCUCAGAUUCCUGAUUCCCUAGACUUCAUAGCUCUUGAAUAAUUUACAAAUAACCCCAUAGAUCGUGUUCAAACUUCGACUUGUAAUUAAUUUACUUCAAAUCAAUAUGCAAUAAACGAAUUCUAUCCACCUUAA